UUCAAUCUCGCACAAUAAUGACGAGAACUCUAGCUUUGUCACUUUUAGUUCUUUGCAUUGUGUUCACAGUUCAUAGCUCUGCUCGGAAAAUUUCGCCUCGUAAACGGGCGGCCAUAUUUGAGCUAAUCGACGAAAAGUCCUGGUAUCAAUCUGACUAUACAACCUGGGCUCCUGAAACUACUUGGUGGCCCGACUACUCAAACUGGGCUCCUGGAACUACUUGGUGGCCCGACUACUCAAACUGGGCUCCUGGAACUACUUGGUGGCCUGAUACCUACUAUAACUGGGCUCCUGGAACUACUUGGUGGCCCGACUACUCAAACUGGGCUCCUGGAACUACUUGGUGGCCCGACUACUCAAACUGGGCUCCUGGAACUACUUGGUGGCCCGACUACUCAAACUGGGCUCCUGGAACUACUUGGUGGCCUGACUACUCAAACUGGGCUCCUGGAACUACUUGGUGGCCCGACUACUCAAACUGGGCUCCUGGAACUACUUGGUGGCCCGACUACUCAAACUGGGCUCCUGGAACUACUUGGUGGCCUGAUACCUACUAUAACUGGGCUCCUGGAACUACUUGGUGGCCCAACUACUCAAACUGGGCUCCUGGAACUACUUGGUGGCCCGACUACUCAAACUGGGCUCCUGGAACUACUUGGUGGCCAGAUUACACAACCUGGGCUCCUGGAACUACUUGGUGGCCAGACUACACACCGUGGUAUCAAGGGAAAACCCCAUCGUACGAAGAUGAACAAUCUGACUUCGGAUACAACAGAAAGAACUCGGCAAACUCGGAACAAAUUGAGAAAAAUACAGGUGGGAAGAACAAACCAGGGACCGAAAUCUAGAUGAAAAUACACCAUGACGUGCCAAAAUUGAAAUGCGGAGCUCACUUGUGUCGAUUCUCAAUUUCAGAGUUAGAACUAAAAAUUUAUUGGACUUAGGAAUGCAAAACGAACUACUACAUCCAACCUAUGAGACAAAUUCACUUUUGAAUCUUUGCCUUGGACUGAUUUGAAAACUUUCACUAUAUAAUUUUUAAUCAUUAUUUGGUUUCGACAUAUACAAAAACUUAAUUCACAAAAAAAUACAAUUAAUUCUUAAAUCAGA